GCACACGUUCGUGCGCUCGCGGGUCCCUCCCUCUGUCUGCUGGCUGUCCGUCUGUCGAUCAGGCGCUCGAUCCAGUAGCGAAGAAGCGGUGAAGAAGCCCUCCUUCGCGUUGUAUCACCGCGCAGCGAUAACGACGGAGUCGAAUUACGGCCGACCCCGCGCUGCUUCGAGCAACGCGAGCGAGGUGCCGUUCAUGGAGUCCAUCACAUCGGUCUCGGAGCUGCCGGCGCUGGCAGAACACCCGUCGCGCCCCCAGCAAAGCGGAGGCAAGUGGGAGCGCAUUGCGCGCGACUUCCGCCUUGCCGAGUUCGCCAUCUCCGUGCUCAUGUACGGCUUCGCGCUGUUCUUCGCCAAGAUCCAGGUCGCACAACGUGAGAUCCCCAACAUCGAGGUGCAGCUGAACUCGACGACGUCCGUCUGGGCGCGAGACCCGACGAUCAACAACAAGGAGAAGGCGCAGCAGGUCCCCAUGGUCGCCCUGGUCGGAAUCGGCGUUGGUGCACCGAUCAUCAUUAAUCUGUUCAUCAACUACGCGAUGCCCAAGUUCCGCAGCGUGCGCAUCAUCCCGCACGACACGCGCGACUUCUUCUUGACGAUUGUCCAGUCCACCAGCAUGGCCACGCUGCUCACGCAGUUCACCAAGAACAUGACGGGCCGCUUCCGCCCCUGCUUCUACGACAUGUGCAAGUGGAACUACGAUGUCGUCUGGGACGGAGUUACCAACCUGUGCCAGAGUGCGUCGGGCGAGAAGGAAGGCCGCAAGAGCUUCCCAUCGGGGCACGCAUCUUUUGCGUUCGCGACGAUGCUGGUUCUCACGCUCUAUUUGCUCGGAAGAUCGUCUCUGAACUGUGAAAACCGCAGUGAGACCAUGAUGCGAGGAGGACGGAAAACGCUGAAGCUAUUCCUCUGCUUCAUCCCCACGUUUUUGGCAGCGUGGGUGGCUGUUACGCGUACCAUCGACAACUGGCACCACUACGCCGACAUUCUCGCGGGCAGCAUCAUCGGUGCUGGUUCUGCCUGUAUCGCCUACAGCUUCAACUAUGCGUCGGUCUUCCACAGCCAGCACGCUGGUGUGCCUCUUCAAGGGUGCCAUCUGCACGGCAAGGGGAAAAUGACGUACACAAGCAGCGAAGAAAGCGAGGUGGGCAAGUACGUGUUGAAUGUCCACAGCCGCACAACGAAUGGUAACUAGGCAUCGAUGUUUUAUUUUGCAUAAGGGAAAGAGUUUAUGUAAUGAAACGAUUUUCCAGGGAUCAUGAUCUGACAGUACAGC